AUGUCUACGCGGAAGCGUCCCAGGAACAACAACGGCUGCACCUCCACGCCGUCGUCCGCGGGGCGGAGCAUCGGCGGCGGCUCCACGUCGUCGCCGUCGUCCUCGUCGUCCGCGAUGCGUCGGACGACGAGCCUGUCGGACCUCGCGCCGCCGCCGCCGGAGCUCUCCGGGAGGCCCCAGACGCGGGCGGCGAGGGGAGAUGCGGUGGCGGGGGCGGGGGCGGGCACCGUGUGGGGCGGCGCCGAGAUGAUGAUGAUGCACUCGGGGGACUUCCUCCCCGCCAUGGAGACGGCAGACUUCCUCAAGGCCUGCGGGCUCUGCAAGCGCCGCCUCGGCCCCGGCCGUGACACCUUCAUCUACAUGGGUGAGGUGGCCUUCUGCAGUCAGGAGUGUAGGCAGCAGCAGAUGAACCUGGACGAGCUCAUGGAGAAGAAGUGCUCCACCCCGGUUGGCGGCAGCGGCGGCGGCAGUGGCAGCUCAGAUCAGUCCGGCAAAAGCAGCACCGUUGCGGCCGCCUAG